AUGGAUUUCGAUAAUGUCUCAAGUGUUUUCGGAGCCAUUGAUCAACAGGUCAAAAAAAGGAUCUUCCACAACCUCAAAGAAGCAGAAGACUUUUUAAAGGAUCUUUAUGCCGACCUUCUAAAAAAGAAUGCAUCGCAGAUAGAUCACAAUCGGUCCUUUCUGGGCCUUGGAGGGGACUCCUUAUUAGCAGUUUUUGUGAUCGCCCGUUUGAGAGAAAAUGGUUUCAUGAUUGAAGUUGCAGACGUUCUAUUAGAUGGAAGUAUUGCCCAGCUUUCGCAAAAACUGGUCACGGAAGAAGAGCCGCGUUCAAAUAGACGAAAAUCAACCGAUGACAACGAUGACUGUGUCAUUUUCGACACGGUGUCAGAGAUUCCUGCUAUUUCCGACUCGCAAGUGAAGAAGGAUGGAUUCUCUUUGCCAGAGGACUUGAAACGUCUACUGCUUCCAACAUUGCAGCAAAUCACAACAUCUCCUCUAGACGAUAUAGAAGCAAUCGUUCCAUGCUCGCCUCUUCAAGAAAAGACGCUUCUUGGCCAGGCUAUCAGUCCUGUAGCCUACCAAUGCUCUUUUACAAUCCGUGUCAAGCUAUCAAUAGACCAUGACAUGCAGAGCGUCGGCGACUUAUGGAGUACAAUAGUAUCUCAAAGAUCCAUCUUGAGAACUGUCUUUAUUGAUAGUGUGGCACAACCUGGCCACUUUGAUCAGGUCAUUCUUCGACAUGUGGAACCUAAUGUUCGCUUGAUAGACGCAACCGGCUCGCCAGAUGACCUAGACCUGGAAUCGCGCCGACCUGUCAUACCAGAGAAGUUUAAGGUUCCUCAUUGUUUGCAUGUUACGAAGAUUGCUACAAGAGAAUUUUAUCUCAAACUGGACAUCAGCCAUUCCUUGAUAGAUGGACACUCUGCAGAGGUGCUGUUGAGAGAUAUGGCAUCUCUGUUAUUUGACCGCAAUGGACGUCGAGAGAUCCUAUCGUAUAGGGAUUAUGUGGCGUACUACCAGAAAGUUGAAUCUAAGCAGGUGGCAUCACAGUAUUGGCAAUAUUACACUGCAAAUGCACGAGAGACGCAUGUGCCAAUGUUGAAAGACCAGGAGCCCAUGCGUGAUCUACAAACACUACGAUUUGCAUUCGAUAUCACCUCGGACCUAAAUCAUUUCUGCGAGUCGCAUAAAGUGACUAUCGCGAACAUAUGUCAAGUCGCCUGGGGACUGGUACUUCGAUAUUAUACAGGCCAGGAGAGCGUAUCCUUCUCUUAUAUUACGUCAACCAGGGAAGCACCAUUAAGUGGUAUCAUGGACGCAAUUGGCCCAUAUAUCAAUACACUCCUUUGUGCCAUGCAACUUGGCUCACAAAAGGUUUCUGAUGUCCUCAGCCACGUGAGCCAGGAGUAUUUACAGAGUUUGAAACAUCAGAACGAAUUCUCCCAAAGCUUUUCUGCUCGACAAUGGGGCAAUACAGUCAUGUCGUUCAGGCGGAAUCUGACUCGGGAACUAGAGUCAAUCAUGGGGCUGGAAUUGGAUAUUAUAGACGCAUAUAGCCCAACGGAUUAUGAUCUAUCGCUCAAUAUCCAGGCAGGGCAAUACCGGAUAGAUGUCAGUAUGGACUACUGGUUGUCGAAGAUGGACGCCCAUUAUGCUGAUGCCCUGCUGAAAAGCUUCCGCGAGGCUAUUAAUUGUGUUAUUAGCCAACCUUUUGCAAAUGUGGAAGGUUUGGAUCUGUUGCCUCGCGAGCAUCGAGCUCAGAUUAUCGAAAGAAAUGGUAGAAUACCUCAAACGGUACAAUCAUGUAUUCACGAACUGGUCGAUCAGAAGGCCCACGAGCAACCCAAUGCUCAGGCGAUCGAUUCUUGGGACGGAAACUUGACAUAUGAAGAGCUAAACCAACAGGCAAAGAUAUUAUCAUCUCAUCUCAUAAGUCAAGGUGUACGACCUGAAGUAAUGGUCGGUAUGUGUAUGGAGAAGUCGAAAUGGGCAGUCAUCGCUAUGCUUGCAAUCCUUUACGCUGGUGGUGCUGUUGUCCCCUUGGGAGUUCAACAUCCCUUAACACGUAUUACAGACAUCCUGGUUGAUUCGGAGGCAGUUUUGAUUUUGGUGGAUUCUCAGCAAGCUAGGAGGCUAGCAGAAGUCAGCAAAGCAAAGAUUGUGGUCGACGAGGCAUUGUUCAACACCAUUAUAAUUACACCCAUGACAGAACCUAAUAUCCCAAACACAAUACCAGUUAAUGCUGCCUGGGUUAUUUAUACUUCAGGAAGCACUGGAAAACCGAAAGGUGUGUUGUUAGAGCAUGGGGCUCUUUGUUCAAGUAUGAUCGCGCAUGGCGCGGUAUUUGACAUGGGUAGACAUGCUCGAGUUUUCCAAUUUGCCGCCUAUACAUUUGACGCCGCUAUUCAAGAAAAUUUUGCAACUCUUCUCUACGGGGGCUGUAUUUGUAUUCCUUCGGAGGAUGAUCGCAUGAAUCAUUUGGCUCGUGCGAUAAUUGAUCGCAACGCCGACUACGUCGGGUUGACUUCAAGCACGGCAACACUCAUUCUUCCCCACGAGUUGCCACAUGUAAAGCAGCUCAUUCUGUUUGGUGAACCUGUUAAAGCUAGUGUGGUUGAAGCAUGGCUCGGACAUGCAAGGAUUCUCAACGGUUACGGUCCAACCGAAUGUUCCAUUUUCUCAAGUGUCAGCAAACCCUUUAAGGACGUGAGAUCUCAGAUCUCUAAUAUUGGAUUUGUAACUACCGGAAACUUCUGGGUAGUGGACUCCAGUGAUCUAAAUCGUUUAUGCCCAAUUGGAUGCCCUGGUGAGCUACUUAUCGAAGGCCCAUUGCUCGCCCGUGGUUACGUGAACGAUCCCGUAAAGACGAAUAACGCCUUUAUAACCGAUCCUUGCUUUAUUCGUCAAUUGAAAUUGGGAAGUGGGAGACGGAUGUAUCGCACUGGCGACAUUGUUCAACAAAACUCGGAUGGCUCACUUACAUAUCUCGGUCGUCGUGACACACAAGUCAAAAUCCGUGGCCAGCGUCUGGACGUCGGUGAAGUCGAAUACUGGGUAUCCAAAUUGUUCAAAGAUGUGACUACCCCUAUUGUGGAUGUUAUAAAACCGCGAAAUGAAUUGGUUGCUGUGGUGGAUUUUGCACAAGAUUCCCCCUACCGUUCAAAUGUUCAUGGCUUCCAAUUAUUGCCGCCCUCUGAGAUGCUCAAAAAUGCUUUUCAACGACUUCGCGAACGCCUGUUAGAGAAGCUUCCAUCAUACAUGGUCCCAAGUGUAUAUGUUCCUCUGGCAGACAUGCCCCUUACACUAUCAACAAAGACGGAUCGUAGGGCUGUUUUGCAAUUGGUCUCAUCCCUCCAGCCCUCAGAGGCCAGGGCAUAUAUGACAAGUGCGGAUCCAAAAACAAAUCCGACGACCGAAAUGGAGAAAACUUUGCAAUAUCUAUGGUCAGAGGUGCUUGGCGUGAGUCUAACAGAUAUUGGUACUAAUGACUCAUUCCUUGAGAUUGGGGGUGAUUCCAUUACAGCCAUUCGUAUGGUUGAUGUCAGCCAGAAGAAAUUUGGGUUUAGAAUGACAGUAGCCAAUAUCUUCCUCCAUCCGAGACUCAAAGAUCUGGCUACACUCUUGACAAGUGACGAUAUGGAUAUCGAUGCGCAACCUGGACAGGAUACUGUGCCCUUUGAAUUAUGGGGUUCGGGUGUAGAUGGUCUGAGAGAUAUUGCUACACGUUGUGGAUUAUCCGUCGAAAACAUUGAAGAUGUUUACCCAUGUACACCACUCCAAGAAGGUCUAAUGGCUAUUACUAUGCAUCAACCGACGGCAUAUGUCAGUCGCCGUGUUUUCUCCAUGUCGAAUGACAUUGAUAUUGACCGGCUGAAGCAGGCUUGGCAGACAUUGAGUGAUAGUGCUCCUGUAUUACGGACUCGCAUACUUGUAGACCAAGCUGGAGAUUCCGUCCAAGUGUUGAUCCGUGCUCCAUCUGUUAUUGAAUGGCACCAGGGUAAUGACCUUACAUCUUAUAUUGACCAAGACCAACGGCAAGGAAUCACAUAUGGUCAACCGUUGGUCCGCUUUGGUCUAGUUUCUGAGACACCUGGUGAUCGGUAUUUCAUCUGGACUGCUCACCACAGCGUUUAUGACGGAUGGAGCGCAGGAUUGAUGUAUAAAUAUGUCGUCUCAAUCUAUCAGAGCCAAGUUGUACCCCAAUCAGUUCCCUUCACACGGUUCCUUCGCUAUCUGUCGCAAAGUGACAUCGAUAAGAGUGCGGCCUUCUGGCGAAAACAGCUGGAGGGCGACGUGUCGGGAAAUUUCCCACCAUUACCUACUGCUAACUAUCAGCCGAAGCCGCGUCAACGUUUGUUAUAUGAUCUAAAGGUUUCGUCUCCGGUGCGCUUGGUCGUGGGACCUUCUACGGUACUUCGUGCAGCGUGGGCGUUGGCCCUUGCGCAAUACAUGGGACUGUCCGAUGUGGUGUUUGCUGUCACAUUAUCAGGCCGAAGUGCCCCUGUACGAAAUAUCACGGAGCUUAUUGCACCUACAAUAACAACUGUUCCCGUUCGCAUCGCGAUUAAUACGGCUAUGGGAAUACGCGACUUUUUUACACAACUGCAGUCUCAGGUUGUUGAGACAAUUCCAUUUGAGCACACCGGUUUGCAAAACAUCAAGAAGCUGAUGCCAGACUUAUCUGAUGCCUUGGAGAUCAACAAUCUCUUCGUCGUUCAACCUACAUCAGAAAAGGAGCAGGCCACUAGCUUCCCCGGUUUGGUACCUCAAGAUGAUGCACUAUCGGUGAAUGCUUUCCACAGUCAUCCCCUAGUUGUAGAGUGCAGUCUCCCAACCAGUCCUUCGCAACCAGUAGCGGUGGAGGUCACAUAUGACGAUAAUAUUAUUUCGGAAGCUGAAGUCUCUAGAAUCAUUCGACAGUUUGAUCAUAUCGUUAGUCAAAUCAGUGAAAAGGCAGCUCAAGGCAACCAGUCAAUUGCCAGCAUUGACAUGCUCAACUCAUACGACCUGGAGAAACUGAGAGAGAUAAAUUCACAUAUACCACCAACUACUGAAGAAGUUGUACAAAAUCUCAUACUGAAGUCAAUUCAGCAACGACCAAAUGAUAUUGCAAUCGAUGCUUGGGAUGGAGCAUUCACUUAUGAAGAACUAGACCGACACGCGAAACGGGUGUCUAGCUACUUAAUCAAUAUUGGGGUUGUUCCUGACAUGCUGGUAGGAAUGUGCAUGGAUAAAUCAAAAUGGGCAUCUGUAGCAGUUCUUGCCAUUCUCUAUGCAGGCGGGGGUGUAAUGCCACUGGGAGUGCAGCAUCCGUUGGAGCGAGUUGCAACCAUUUUAUCCGACUCGUCUUGUACUGUCAUCCUGUGUGAUAAACAGCAAAACGAACGCCUGCAAGGCAUGACAACGCACAUUGUAGAGGUCAAAGGGUUGGUUAAAUCCUCGACCGGGCCCAUCACGCAGUCAUUAUGUACUACAGUCCGACCGGAACAUGCUGGCUGGGUUAUUUACACAUCCGGCAGUACUGGAAACCCCAAGGGUGUCAUACUACAACACAAAGCUCUGUGUUCGGGAAUAAAAGGUCACAGUGCUCGCUUCAAAUUUGAUACCAACACACGUCAAUUCCAAUUUGGCGCACAUACAUUUGACAUCACGAUCCAAGAAAUCUGCUCGACUUUGAUCCAUGGUGGCGUUGUGUGCGUCCCAUCUGAACAUCAAAGAAUGAACGAGCUUUCAGCGACCAUCGCAGCCAUGCAAGUAAAUUUCCUUGGUCUGACAUCUACGAGCGCAUCGUUAAUAGAUCCCCGCGACACGCCAACAGUGAAGACAUUGACCUUGUUCGGAGAAGCGGUCAAACCCUCUGUUGUUGAGACUUGGUUGCCGUACGCUGAGGUGAUCAAUGUAUACGGCCCAUCAGAGUGUACUAUUCACUCUGUAUGUAGUCCAGCCAUCAAGGAUAAGAAGGAUUCUUUGAACAUUGGAUAUCCGCUCAAUGGCGCGGCGUGGGUAGUAGAGCCCACGAAUUACCAUCGCCUGUGCCCAAUCGGUGCUCCUGGUGAACUUCUUAUCGAGGGUCCAGGCCUAGCCCGAGAAUAUCUCAAUGAUUCAACAAAGACAAAGGCUGCUUUCGUAGAAGAUGCCGCUUUUGUUGAAAAGUUUGGCUCCUCGGCGGGAACACGCCGUAUAUAUCGCACAGGUGAUUUGGUUCGACAAAACACAGAUGGCUCCCUGACUUAUCUUGGACGACGCGAUACCCAGGUUAAAAUCCGUGGACAACGUGUUGAUGUCGCGGAAAUUGAAUAUUGGAUAGCCAAGGCUUUGGAAGGCAAUCUUUUGACGGUUAUGGUGGACCUUCUGGCAGGCACAAACGAUCGAGAAAACUUCUUGCUCGUUGCGGUUAUGGACUUCGUGGAGAGUAGCACUUAUCUUCAACACGAGACACUUGAUGGUUCAGUGCUUCUUUCUCCUUCUGCCGUUUUCCGCAAGGACUUUCAGAGCAUCCGAGAUUUCCUGUCCACAAAGUUGCCGGCAUAUAUGAUUCCUAGCACCUAUGUUCCAAUGCUUCAAGUUCCCAAAACAGUGACCGGCAAGACAGAUCGUCGCUCAACUCUUACCCUGCUAAAAGGGGUAGACCGUUCGAUAUUAAUGCAGUAUUCAAACGACAAUGCUCCCAAGGAAAUGCCAACCACUACAACCGGUAAAGACAUUCAAUCGCUAUGGGCCCAAAUCUUCAAGCUAGACACCAAAGAUAUCGGCCUCCAGGACAGCUUCAUGCAACUUGGUGGCGAUUCCAUUACAGCCAUCAGGUUGGUGGAGGCUGGGCGCAAAGUCAACUACCAGCUUACAGUCGCAGAUAUAUUUGCACACACGAAGCUUGAAGAUAUGAUUAAUUUCGUUGAGAACCGAGGCUCACAGACAACCGAAGAUGCGCCACUUGAACCAUUUCAACUUUGGAAUAACGUUGCCAGUCAAAACAAAGCUAUCAUUGCUGCUCAGUGUAGAGUCAAUAUUGAUCAAAUAGAGGAUAUAUAUCCCAGUACUCCUCUCCAAGAAGGGCUUACGGCCAUAACCAUGCGCCAACCUCACGCCUACGUUAGUCGUCGCAUCUUCGAAUUGACUGAUGAAGUUGAUGUUGAGCGAUUGUGUGCGGCUUGGCAAGUUAUGUCGGACGCUACUCCCAUAUUACGAACACGUAUUGUCUUGGAAGAGAAUGCUAGAGCUCUUCAAGUAGUUGUUAAGGAGCCUAUAUCAUGGUCACGAGAGAAAAACUUGGAUAAUUAUUUGAGGAAAGAUCGCAGCUGCGGCAUCGACCCAGGAAUGCCUCUGGUGCGUUACGGAUUAGUCGAUGAUCAACAAUCAGGCAAGAAGUUCUUCAUCUGGACGGCACACCAUAGUGUUUACGACGGAUGGAGCAUGCAGCUUCUAUAUCAAAGUGUUGCAUCCAUAUAUUCAAAUGACAUCAUACCACACGGCAUACCGUAUACACAAUUUAUCAGAUAUAUCAACAGCAUUGACUCUGCCUCAGCUACUUCAUAUUGGCGGAAUCAACUCUCCGGGGAGGAAGUCCUUGCACAAUUCCCCCCUCUACCCAAAGCGAAAUAUCAGGCUAAACCCCGUUAUUCACUUCAGCACCGGAUGCAAUCGGCACCUGCAAAUCAGGCACAGAAUGUGUCAUCCUCUAAUCUUAUGCGAGCUGCGUGGGCAUUGACAGUUAUGCAAUUCACUGGAGUAAACGAUGUUCUCUUUGGCGUCACCUUGUCUGGUCGAACUGCGCCUGUUACUGGAAUCACCGAGAUGAUUGCCCCUACAUUAACUACCGUACCAGUGCGCAUCAGUCUCAACCCAUCACAAUCUGUAUCCAAAUUCCUCGAGUCCGUCCAAAAACAAGCAAUCGAGAUGAUGCCGUAUGAACAUACCGGCAUACAAAAGAUCCGGGAACUGGUGCCAGAAUUAGCCCCUCAAUUGGAAUUGAAUCAUAUUUUCCUCACACAACCAGUUGAAGAGAGUGAAAAGACCCUGCAGUUUCGGGGACUGAAACCAAGGGAUGAGGAUGAUUCCGAAUCAUUCCACAGUCAGGCUCUGAUAAUUGAGUGUACUCUUGGAAAAGAGUCGGAUCCACAUGCCAUUGUAGAUGUCAAAUUCGACGAUGCCGUCAUCUCGGAAGUGGAAGUGUCACGUUUGAUACGCCAGUUUGACCAUACUGUAGGCCAACUAAACCAUGCGAAUUCCAGUAUCCUUGUUAAAGAUUUGAACAUCUUGAAUGAGUACGACUCAAGACUUCUCGUCGAUUUGAACAGCUCCGCGAUUCCUCUUGCUGAUUCUUGUGCUCAUCAUCUGAUCAGCAAUGUGGCAAGAGCUCAACCGGGCCUAGUAGCCAUUGAAGCUUGGGAUGGUUCCUUCACGUAUCAUGAAUUAGAGACACUGGCGCGGGCACUAAGUCAAAAACUCAAGAAUAUGGGAGUUAAACCGGAUACUCUGAUUGGUGUGUGCAUGAGCAAAUCCAAGUGGGCUGCAAUAGCAAUGCUCGCAAUUCUGCAUUCUGGAGGAGGUGUCUUGCCUUUAGGCAUUCAACAUCCGAUAUCUCGAAUCCAGGAUAUUCUUGUUGAUACAGCUGCAACAAUCCUCCUGGCUGAUCAGGAACAAGCUGAACGCUUCCAGAAUGUGACCCAAUCUAUCAUCAUAGUUGAUGAGCUCCUAUUUGAGAGUCUUGAUGUUUCAGCUGAGGAGACCGUGAUAUCAGAUGUAGAACCACACAACAUCGCAUGGGUUAUUUACACUUCCGGGAGUACAGGCACACCUAAGGGUGUCCUUCUUGAGCAUAGGUCACUCUGUUCCAGUAUUCAAGGUCACGGACCAGCAUUUGGACUCAAGAAGAACACUAGGAUGUUCCAGUUCGCUGCCUAUACCUUUGAUGUGUCCAUUCAGGAGCUUCUUUCCACAUUGAUAUAUGGCGGUUGUGUCUGCAUUCCUUCCGAAGACCAGCGUAUGGGCGCAUUGGCAGAAACCAUCAACAACUUCAAGGUCAAUCUAUUGGGUCUGACAUCAAGCACUGCGUCCCUGCUUCGUCCUUUGGAUGUUCCUACUGUUCAGCGAUUGCUCCUCUUUGGCGAGGCUGUUAAGCCUUCUGUCGUAGAGGCAUGGAGCAGCGUUGGUGUUUAUAGUGCCUACGGCCCCUCUGAGUGUUCCAUGCAUUCCACAUGCAGUGAACCGUUGACUUCAACAGUAGAAGCGGCAAAUAUCGGUCGCCCUUUUUCAGGAAAUAUAUGGAUCGCUGAUCCCAAAGACUGCAACCGCUUGGUUCCUGUUGGUGCACCAGGUGAAAUUCUGAUAGAAGGAUCGCUUCUUGCUCGAGGCUAUCUCAACGAUCCCGUCAAGACACAAGGAUCGUUUAUCAAUGACCCAAGUUUUAUUCGGCAGUUAGGACUUGAACCUGGUCGUCGAAUGUAUAGGACGGGUGAUAUUGCGCGUCAAAAUGCAGAUGGCUCAUUCACCUACCUUGGCCGACGAGAUACACAAAUCAAGAUUCGUGGUCAACGACUUGAUGUUGGUGAAGUGGAGUAUUGGAUUACCAAACUCAAAGUGAAUAUUGGUACAGCAGUGGUUGACUUGGUGUCUCCAAAUGACAAUCAGAUCCAGCAAAUACUCGUGGCUGCUAUUGAUUUCGUUGAGGCGAUCGAACCAUCCAAACGUGUUUCCGUUAUUUUGCCUCCCUCGGAAAUGUUCCACAAGAUAUUCACAGCACUUAGAGAGGCCCUUCGACAGAAGCUUGCUUCAUAUAUGGUGCCGACAGCAUUCGUGCCAUUUGCCAAAAUACCGUUCAAUGCUUCUGGAAAGACAGACCGUCGCGCAGUGAAAAAGCUACUAGAAUCUCAGUCCAUACAGGACUUGCUGUUUUACUCUUGCAUCAAAUCUGUGGCACAGAAUGUCAAGACAAAUGCUGAGGCGACUCUUCGUAGCCUAUGGGCAGAUGUCUUACAGAUCGACCAAGUCACAAUUGGUAGCGAGGAUGACUUCUUCUCUCUUGGUGCAGAUUCCAUUCUUGCCAUGAGACUUAUCGGUGCCUCUAAUUCAAGGGGAAUCAAAUUGGAUAUCAAAAACGUAUUCCGAAACUCUACUCUGGAGAAGAUGGCUCUGUCAAUGGAGCAGAUUUCACCGAAUGCCACAUCGACAUCGUCACAGUAUCAAAGCUUCUCGCUCGUUGAAAAGUCAGAAGUCAAGAGCUUGGUAGCAUCAUUGAAUGCUAUGGGCACCAAGAUCUCCGAAAACAACGUUCUGGACAUCUUGCCUACCACUGAUUCCCAGGCGUUCAGUGUUGUAGGCGCUCUCACACAAUCUCAGGUCGAAGUGCAUUACUUCAAGAUUGAUGGAAACUCUCCAUAUGACGUUGACCACUUGCAAAAAGUUUGCUAUGGUCUCUGCAACAGUAUUGAGGCUUUUAGAACCGUCUACAUGUUCCACGGCGACAGACUCCUUCAAGUGGUUCUGGACACUUAUCAACAAAACAUCCCCAUCCUGGAAGUUGAUGAAUCCCUUGACGCUGCCACCAGUCAACUGCAUGACAGUCAGCAGGGACCUCUAAAGCUUGGUAGCAGUUUAGUAGAGAUUACUUUGCUCAGACGUAAGGGCACACUGGAGCAUCGCAUUUUGUUCCGCAUGUCUCACGCAAUUUACGAUGGCAUGUCGUUCCCGAUUAUAUGGCAGACAUUCCAGAGAAUCUACGCAGGAGAAUCGACGUUACCAAAUACCGACUUCUCACAGUAUCUGUACAGAAUUUCUUCUAAUCUUGAGGAGACAUCUUAUGGAUACUGGCUCGAAGUUUGCAAGAUCAAGCACCAAGGGCAAUGCAAUUCUGUGCAAUCAAGAAAGUACCAGUCGGAAGGCUUUCAAUCAGUGGCAUGA